GUGUCUGAGGCUUGUGGGUAGAGCAAGCGCUUAAAUACCAGACCUUCUUGUCCUUGGACGACUGUAGACACCUGGUUCAGACACUCAGGACAGGAACAUGGCAAGCCUGCAGACCCCGCUCCUGGCUGCCCUCGUCCUCCUUGCUAUGAUACUUCAAGCAACUGAGGCAGGGCCCUACGGCGCCAAUGUGGAGGACAGCGUCUGCUGCCGGGACUACAUCCGCCACCCCCUGCCCCUGCGUGUGGUGAAGUAUUACUACUGGACUUCAGACUCCUGCCGGAGGCCUGGCGUGGUCCUGCUAACCUUGAGGGACCGAGAGAUCUGUGCUGACCCCAGACUGCCCUGGGUGAAGAAGAUUCUCCAGAGGCUGGACCAAUGAGGCAGGCCCUGCCCUGAUGACCGUGGCCUUGGAUCCUCCAGGAAGGCUCACGGAGCCCUACCUCCCUGCUGUUACAGCUGCUCCCUGACACAAGCCUAUGCCAACAACUCUCAGUGAUCCCUGUGGCUGUCACCCUGAGUUAAGUCUCCAACUGUCACUCUCAUCUCCCCUCUUAUCCUUCCAAUCCAUCCUCUGUAACCCCCCCUCCCCCACCUCCCAGGCAGAGGGUCCACAAUCCUGGUCAGUCAUUCCCCUGCUUAAAAUCCUUCCAAGGCUCCCCAUUGCCCUAGGCCAAGGUCCGAGCUCCUCCAGGUCUGGGUCUCAUCCCCAGCCCUGCCUCAUUUCCCUUCAUGCAGUUGGACUCCGGCUUCCUGUUCUCCAAACACACGUCACACAUUUUUACUUCUUGCUCUUUUUCAGGCUGCUACUGACACCCAGAAUGUCUCCCCAUCAUCUACAUACGUCCGACCCCAUCAGGCCCCCAGGGCAUCACUCAGCCUAGGCAGCCAGUGAUCGAGAUUCACUUUGUAGACUUCCCUUGGUCCUCUGCCCACUUUUAACAGCCCUGAUCACAGCCAGCCCGGGAUUCUCAGGUCUGGGGAGCUUGUCCUCCAGCCCCAUUGGUUGGGCCAAGAUCCAUACCUGGGAUCCUUUGUCUCCCACUGUCCAGCACGCUCAGGGCCUGGAUCAGAAUCAGGGCUCAGUAAGAAGCUGCAGACUGAUAAAAGUAAAGUCCCUCUUCCACCUUCCCAAAGCCCUCACACAUCAAUACAGACUCGGGGUCAUCUAGAGAAGAGCUGGCAGGGUCCUCAGUUUUGCCAAGAUCCACCUUUAUUUCCCAUUUUACCUAUGUGUCAGGUCUCUUUAACCCUCUCGCUUCCCUCCGGUUUUUACUGCUCCUCCAACAGGCCUGACCUCUUCAGAAUCCCCCACUUUCCCUUCCUCUUUCCCCAAAUAGCUGCUAACUAAAUUCAUGCUAUGGUGUGAAUGACUACCCUUGGCUCCCUGGUAUUACAAGUUCUAUUUAUCUUUGUAUAUGAAAAGGAGGCAAAUACUUAAAAGGCCGCAUGAAUGACUGGAAGAAUUUUACGAACUGUGUGGGAGGGGGACAAGAUGGAGCUUUCCUGGCCCUUGAAGUGAAUAUGUGGGGUAUAGUUAAGUGAAAGAGCCUUGGAUUAAGGACAGGGAUUUAGAAUUUAUCUGCACCUCUCUGGGGACAACAGAUUCCCCAAGUAUCUGUGCUUGUUCCUUUCUGAGAGAGCCCGGUGCAGCUUGGCAGGGUGGUUGUUGCUGUAUGACCCGGAGGGGACUGUUUGACCUCUCUGAACCUCACCUGAGAAUGAGAAUACCCACCUUAUGCAGUUGCCGUGGGGCUCAUGUUCAAGUCACAAGGAAUGUGGCUUUGCCAGCCCUAAAACUCAGUGCUUCCAGUGCUUGUGUCCCCGUGCAGGCUAAGGUCAUCUGCCCACCACAGGCACUGAAAGUGUUAACCUGCCCACUGCCCAUGCACAGCGCCUUCCAGUGUUCUGGGUUCUCCCUCCACUCCUGUCCUGCCCUUGACCCUGCCCUUGCCCUUGCCCCUCAGGCCUUCUGGAAAAUAAAUCCUCUACAACAGUG